AUGGAACAAUAUCCUACCCCACAAUCACUUGUCGAUGCCCCGAAAGAAAACAUCGUUUCAGUGAUUCGGCAUCUCGGUUUACAAAACCAACGUGCAGCAACUUACCAAGCUUAUGCUAAAACAUUCUGCGAAAAUCCGCCCGUUAGAUCUAAACGCUACGCAGUCCACGAUUACCCCACCAAAGGUCUAGGUCGUGACGUCAGGAAAAGUGAAGUCCUUCCCGAGGAAUCCGAAGACCCGCGUACAGCGUGGGAAAUUGGACACAUGACUCAAGGGCCCUACGCACUAGACAGUUGGCGCAUCUUUUGUCGCGACAUCCUAUUAGGCAAAGCAGAAGGAUGGAAUGGCGAGGGUAACCAUGAAGAAGGGUUUCAGCCGGAAUGGAUGAGAGUUGCUCCAGAAGAUAAAGAGCUAAGGGCCUUCUUGAGAUGGAUGUGGUUAAAAGAGGGUUUUGGGUGGGAUCCGUUUACGGGGGAGAAAGAGGUUGCUGGGGAGGAAAUGAUGAGGGCUGCGAUUGAGGGGAGGAUUGCUUGGGAUGAUGAAGGUGGGAUGAGGAUUUUGGGCGUGGAUGCUGUGGGAAAGGGGAAUGCUGUGAAAAACUAA